AAGAUUGAGGGUAAACACUGUUAGCUAUAAGACUAUCAUAAAAGCAAGAAAGACUAAAAAAUGAGACAAAUUUCUAAUGGGAACCUGAUUCCCUUUCCUUUCAACCCAUUCCCUCCAUAGUGGAUUCCAAAUUGCAUCUUCUAUUCUACACGGUCCCCUGUCACGCACAGACACACCUUUUUUUCUGCCAUAAAUUACUCUUAACCCUUCCCCUAGUUACCCAUCUCUUGUACUUGAAGUCUUCUCUAUUCACAGGCAAAAGAAGAUGAGUUUUGAGGAGAAACCUGUAUCUGUUGGACCAUGGGGAGGCAAUGGCGGAUACCGUUGGGACGAUGGUGUGUAUUCAACAAUAAGGCAAUUGGUGAUAGUUCAUGGGGAUGGAAUAGACUCCAUUCAGAUUGAAUAUGACAAGAAAGGGAAUUCUUUCUGGUCACAGAAACAUGGUGGAAGUGGAGGCUAUAAAAUUGAAAAGAUUAAGCUUGAUUACCCAUAUGAGUUCCUAACAUCAAUUGAUGGAUACUAUGGUAGCUUGAAUCAAUCAGGGCCAGUCUUCAUUCGAUCACUGAGUUUUGAAAGUAACAAGAAAAUCUAUGGACCAUUUGGAAUUGAAGAGGGGACAUAUUUUUCCUUGCCGGUAACUCAGGCCAGGAUUGUUGGCUUCCAUGGAAGGUACGGUUGGCACCUAGAUUCCAUUGGAGUCUAUGUGAAGUCUUUUCAGCAACGAAAACCUUCCAAAACAUUGUCUCACUCACAAAACUACAUAACCAACACUAGUGAGAACAUUGGUUAUUCUGUAAUACAUGGAAGUGCCGGCCAAGGCUAUGAUAUUGUUGUUGCUGUAAAGCAGAAAGAUGAUUCUGUAAAACCAUCAAGAGGGAAGAUUAGUUUCCAAGAACCUAGUUAUAUUGAACCAAAACAAACGAUAGUUGCUGUGGAGAAGACACCAUCUUUGGUUGAAGGUGUAGUGACAUGUGGGCCUUGGGGUGGUACUGGUGGAUAUGUGUUUGACGAUGGACCCUUCACAGGAAUCAAGCAAAUCCUCUUGUCCCGCAACGUUGGAAUUGUAUGGAUUAGAGUUUUGUAUGAUCUGGAUGGGGAGGACAUAUGGGGAUACAAAUAUGGUGGAGCAGGAGGAUUCAAACAUGAAAAGAUAGUAUUUGAUUUUCCAUAUGAAGUCCUUACACACAUAUCUGGCUACUAUGGAUCCCUUAUGUAUAUGGGGCCUGCUGUUAUAAGGUCACUUACUUUCCACACGACCAAAAGGGUGUAUGGACCAUAUGGAGAAGAACAUGGAACUUACUUUACAACAAAGCUGAAAGAAGGGAGGGUUGUUGGGAUUCAUGGUAGAAAAGGUUUAUUUCUAGAUGCUCUUGGCGUGCAUGUGAUAGAAGGAAAAGUAAUAGUUCCAGUGCCAACAACAACUCCUUCCAUGGAAAUCAUAUCAAGAGAACUAAGUAGGGCUGAAAUAGACAGUGCUCAAUGGCCAUCCAAACUCCAAGCUGCUAAUCCAGCACCAAUUGAAGAGGUUUCACGUGGUGUGAUUACAGAACCAGCUCCAUUUGGACCAGGUCCAUGGGGUGGGGAUGGAGGAAGACCCUGGGAUGAUGGAGUCUUUUCAGGGAUUAAGCAGAUUUAUUUGACAAAAGCACCUGAAGGCAUUUGCUCAAUUCAAAUUGAGUAUGAUCGCAAUAAGCAAUCUGUGUGGUCUGUGAAGCAUGGUGGUAAUGGAGGAAACAUCCUGCAUAGGAUAAAGUUGGAGUACCCACAUGAGGUGCUGACUUGCAUAUCUGGCUAUUACCGUUCAAUCACCAUGGAUGAACAUCCUAUAAUCAUAAAGUCACUGACUUUCUAUACUAGUAGAGGGAAGUAUGGUCCAUUUGGUGAUGAAGUUGGGAAAUUUUUCACUUCAACCACAACAGAGGGUAAGGUGGUUGGUUUUCAUGGGAGGAGUAGCAUGUACUUGGAUGCAAUUGGGGUCCAUAUGCAACACUGGCUGGGAAGUCAGAGAACUUCAAAGUCAUCCUUAUUCAAGCUAUUUUGAUUUGUAAAGAGUAAUAAAGUAUAGAAGAGUGAUAAGAUGAUGAAAGAUUACUUUUA